CGUCACAUUUUUUCCUUCUCCCUUUCCUAUGCAAUUUCUUAGCAUGAAUUUAAAUUCUGAACUCAACUAAUAUCCAGUUUGUCAGUCAUAUUGGAAUUCUGAUCUCGUCCAGUUUGGUUUAGAAGUCUAACUUCAACUAGUUCAGUGAGGCACCAUUCGUAUUACAACUAGUUGACGUUAGAAUUCCAAUCUCAGUCAGUUGAAAUUAGAAUUCUAUUCUCACCUAGGCGAAUUCCGAAUUCCCCUAGAUUCCAAUCUCAACUCCGAUAUAUACACAUAAUGCUGUUUCGCGCACUUGUACCAUUCGAUGCAUGUGAGCAUGUAUUUUGACGCACGAAAACGAAAAGAACAUUAAGGAAGAGAGAAGAAAAAUAAGGAAAAGAGGAGGUGAGAACAACAUAAAUCAUAUUAACGUUCCUUUUUACUGCUUUAUAUUUGUGAUUUUUUAAAUCAUUUCUACUGGAUAAAGGAUGAGUUUAGCAAAAGAUAUUCGGGAUUCAGUGGCAUUGAUGAAAGAGCGUUGUAAUGGUAUAGUUAAAAACAAAGCAAGGAUCAAUAGUGCUUGGUUAAAAGAAUUAUAUAAUACGUUUCUCAGAGAAUUUGCACAAUACUCAACGAGAGGGCCCGAAACACUCUUUCUCAUUGAGAAAGUAGUCGUGGCCUUGAACGAAUUAUCAGCACAUCGAGCGUCAGUAGUAACGGAUCCAUCAAUAUUACCACACGAACUAUAUAUAAAUAUACGUGAUACGCUCACUAGUAUCUUCUUAAAAUGGCGUACAAAUGUAAAAUCAGUCAAUGAACAAGAAUUGAAUAUUAUGUCGAAUACAGUUAGUUUAUUAAAUAAUAUGGUCAAAACCACCUUAACAGAAGCGCAGUAUCAGUUAUUUAAAGUAUGGCUUUUAGAGAAAUCGUUCUUAGAAUUGUUCAUGAAUUGUAUUAAGGAUAUGACAUUGGCCACAGUGAGGAGUAAAGAAAAGUUUAACGAUAAUUUUAUUCUGUUAGUUUCUUUGUUGGGCUACUUUCAACAAUCAAGAGAUGAUAUAAUGGAUGAUCUAAAUUUAUUGAUGUUAUCCGCCGCAAUUUUAAAAAUGUAUAGUGUGCACUUUAGCAGCAUGUUUAUGCAGGCCGUUGAUUAA